AUGCCUCCGGCGGCGAAAAGAAGAAAGGUCUUGGGAACUACGACACGUUCGUUGACUGCUCCUGCCACUCAGCGAGGAAUUCAGGCUUUUGGCAAGAUCUCUAAGUCGCAAGUACAAGAUCCUGGGAAGGGCCUCUUGGGCAAGGACAGCACUUCAAAAUAUAGCAAGGACGCUCCCAGCGGCGAAAAUAACAAGAAGCGGAAGCUGGGAUCCAUAUGGAGUCCUGCGCACAAGGAGGAAGGCGAGAAAGCGUCGAGCCUGAGCGAGCAGGCACCACCCAUAGAUGACAGCAGCAGCAGCAGAGGGGUGGAAAGAUCGGCUGAUCCACCAACUUCAACCUCAACUCAGACAAACAAUCCUCGAAAGAAGGCGCGUUUACCGAGUCACGUAGAAACCCCAACAAAAGGCGCUCGCUCGUGCCUCGAAUCUUUUGCUCUUACUUCGUCUUCGCCCUCAAAUCCAAGCUCUUUAUCACGCACAACAUACCAUGAGACACCACCUUCAUCUCCAGCCUCUGCAGAGAGCGAAUCACUUGAACAUCACGCUUCGCACCAACUGCCAGAUGAGUUGCAUGACCUCGUCAACCUGCACUCCUCGUUCCUCACCGCCCUAUCUCUCCACUAUGCGCACAAUGGAUCCAUGACCCCUGCGGAUCUACGCAAUCUUGCACCUGGGAUUGAAAGAGCGUGGAGGAAGAGAAGAGUAUCUCCGCAAGAUGUGAGGAGGAUACUGGCCAUAGGGGAGCCUGAAGGGGCCGAUGGGCCCAAAAGAGCAGGGCCAUUUUAUCUGUCAGACUACGGUCAUGGCAAAAUUUAUGUCGAGAUCCAAGACCAUCCGAACUCAGGGACGACUACAAGGCGACCGGUCAACGAAGAAGUCCUAAAUAGAGUCUUUUUACGCGAUCUUGAGCAGCGUUGGAGGUGCUACAAGACUGAUAACCCGGCUGACCCUUCUCCUUCAAGUUUCCUUGCAUCACUCGCCUUGUUACCGAUCAUUCCAUGCACUUCUCUCUCGAAGAUCACCCCUCUCCUCUCCAAAGGACAACGGCGCCUUGAAGACCUCAAAGCUGGCGCCAUCAAAGCCCAGCAAAAGCCGCUAUCUAUUACGUCUGCAAAUUCCACGACUCCUUAUCAGCCAAAAACAAAGCAAACUUCUGCUCGAUCCGCAGACCUUUUCUCGCGACUCAAAGCCAAGCAACUCCACCAGUCUACCCUUCCUCUACCUCCCUCUGCAGAGGCUUUGGCUCGAAAAUCUGCACUCCAACGCCUGCACGAAAUCAUGCCUGUGCUAGAAAGUCUCUCCUUUUCCUCAAAGAAACACGCCAAUGAUGAUGCAGCCGCAGUCGGAGUUAGGUCGAUGGCAUUCCCUGUUUCUUUCACGAUACCAACGCUGGUACAGCAUCUGCAAAUGUCAUUGCGAAAUCCGAUCGGCAAGGAGGACAUAAUGAGGUGUGUAAGAGUGUUAGCGGAGGUGGCUCCGGAGUGGGUGGCGUUGAAGGACGUGGGAAGGAUGCUUGGUGUGACAAUCAAAGGAGGGGGGUUGAGAAAGGACGAAAUAGGAAGGAAGAUUGAAAGCCUCCUUGAGAAGCUUCCCAUCCUUGGGACCCGAGUGACUGCACAUUCCCAAUCCAUGCCCAACGGACCCGACACGAUCGGCCGUGCCUCCGUACCCUGCUCCUACACCACCGCAAACGGCUGGUCGGAAGGAAGGCCCCCCUCCCAAGCGAAUCCUACCCACCCGCCUACGCCUACGCCCGCGUCCCCACCUCCGGCCUCGCCUCCUCACACGACCCGCGAGCUUGGACCACCGGCGGGCAAAGGUUCCGGGGUCGGAAGUACCGUUCCCAUCCGCGACGCCGGCGACGGGUUCGACCGUUCGGACACCGGACGGGAGAGCCGCAUGCCGGUUUUCGGUUCAGUGCGUGUGUUUGCGGUAAUGGUUCGAAGACGAGGGUUUCGAGUGGGCUGCUGGGGUGCGGGUGAAGAGGUGGUGGUGGGAUGGGAUGGGAUGGGAUGGGAUGGGGCGUUAUGGUGA